CAAAGCAGGCUCCAGGCUCUGAGCUGUCAGCACAGAGCCCGACGUGGGGCUCGAAUUCAUGGACCGUGAGAUCGUGACCUAAGCUGAAGUUCCUCCUUCCACAAGGUUUCCAUAUCAUGUCACAUACACAUCAUACCUGUCACACUGUGCUUUAAAUGCGUGUUCAUAUGCUUGCUUUUCUGCACCUCUAGAUUAUUUGCUCUUAGAAGUUAAGUCAUAUUCUUUGUGUCCUUAGCACCUAACAGAGCGGCUGGCACAGGGCCUGCGAGUUUUAUUUAAUUAACAGGAAAAAAAAAAAAAAUGAGUUCUAGUGUGGGGGUGGGGGAAAGCAUUGCUUAAGAAUCCAGGAGGGAUACGGUCCCCAAAAUGUUAACUGAGCUCAGAGAACUACAGAUGAUCAGAGCUGGAGACCUUAGCUAUCACAGCAGUUUGCCGUCGGACAAGGAAGCCCAGAGAUGCUUAAGGAUACUAAGUGAUUUACCCAGGAAUCAGAGGGAACUGGACCCAGAUGCAGCUCUGUGGGAUCCACUAGUGGUCAGUCAGUGUUGGCCAAAUGGCCAGCUGAACAAUUUGUGGACUGGAUCCAGACCCUCUUUCCUGGGAGCGAUGGAAGGCCCCACAAUGCCCACCUCUUAACCCUGGGAACACGUCAUGCUCCUCCAGGGCUAAACCCAACCCUGAGAGAGCGUGACUGUGUACUUUGCCACGGAAUCUAACCCUUUAAAAGGGCGUUCGGGUAAAUUUCCAUCUCUAGACCUGAACCCCAACUGAGUAUUGGAAGGUUUUUCUGGUGCUUUUGCGGCAAGAAGGAUAUUUUGAGCUGAGUGGGUGAGGAAGAGGAAUGAAAGCACCUCGGUCCUUAAUUUCAUGACAUCUAGUAGCGGGAAAACCACUCCAGAUGCUCUCUCUAACCCCCUGUCCCGUGCCACCUCCUCUAUAGUCCUGGCCCGUGGUCGUGCAGUCCAGGGGGCUGGAUGGCAUGCUGGACCCAAGCUCAGCUCAGCGUCCGGGCCCAAUAACGGCUUUUUCAAGGGAGCAGCUUUCUGUCCUGGCCACACUGAGGUGCAUAGCGUAAUGUCCAUGUUGUCCUACACUCUGAUCACAGCUCUUUUGAUCGGCAUACAGGCAGAACCACACCCAGAGAGCAAUGUCCCAGCAGGACACGCCAUCCCCCAAGCCCACUGGACUAAGCUUCAGCAUUCCCUCGACACAGCCCUCCGCAGAGCCCGCAGCACCCCGGCCGGGGCAAUAGCCGCGAGGGUGGCAGGGCAGACCCGCAACAUCACUGUGGACCCCAAACUUUUUAAAAAGCGGCGACUGCGUUCACCCCGCGUGCUGUUCAGCACGCACCCCCCACCUGUGGCUGCAGAUACUCAGGGUCUGGACUUGGAGGCAGGUGGUGCUGCCUCCUUCAACAGGACUCACAGGAGCAAGCGGUCGUCGUCGCACCCUGUCUUCCACCGGGGGGAGUUCUCGGUGUGCGACAGCGUCAGCGUGUGGGUGGGGGACAAGACCACCGCCACGGACAUCAAGGGCAAGGAGGUGAUGGUGCUGGGAGAGGUGAACAUUAACAACAGUGUGUUCAAACAGUACUUUUUUGAGACCAAGUGCCGGGACCCCACUCCCGUGGACAGCGGGUGCAGGGGCAUUGACUCGAAGCACUGGAACUCAUACUGUACCACGACGCACACCUUCGUCAAGGCGCUGACCAUGGACGGCAAGCAGGCCGCCUGGCGGUUCAUCCGGAUCGACACGGCCUGUGUGUGUGUGCUCAGCAGGAAGGCUGGGAGAAGAGCCUGACCUGCAGGACAGCCCCCACCCUCCCCGAGCUCCCCCUCCACACCCUCCUGGGCCCCUCCCUACCUCAACCUGUAAAUUAUUUUAAAUUAUAAGGACUGCAUGGUAAUUUAUAGUUUAUACAGUUUUAAAAAAUCAUUAUUUAUUAAAUUUUUGGAAGCAUC